GUGUCAACAGUCAAUCAAAACAAUAUCAGGCGCAUAAACGUUUUUAGUGAAUAAAGAGUGUAUCAUCAAAAUACAAAACAACCAAAAUCAAUAAUUUAAAUCGUAAAGUAAGUCAAGUUUGAAUUUUUACUUGGAAAACAUGUCUGAACCAAACAAAGAAGAAGAAGAAAUUGUUGAAAAUGAGAAUGUAGACAAUCCUGAAUUGAAUGAGUUUGAUGACGAUGGUGAGUUGGCCGAUCCACAACUUGGUUCAACGACCACUGGACGCAAAAGAUUGUUUAGCAAAGAGUUACGGUGUAUGAUGUACGCAUUCGGUGAUGAUCAAAAUCCAUAUACGGAAAGUGUCGAUUUGCUGGAAGAUUUAGUCAUUGAAUUUAUUACUGAAACAACGCACAGAGCAAUGGAAAUUGGACGAACGGGACGUGUACAAGUGGAAGACAUUGUGUUUUUGGUGCGAAAAGAUGCACGCAAAUAUGCACGUGUAAAAGAUUUGCUGAUGAUGAACGAAGAGCUGAAAAAGGCUCGAAAAGCAUUCGACGAAAUCAAAUACGUUGGAAAUUUACGUAAAAAAAUUGCUAUGAAAAAUGAAAAUGUUGAACCGUAGACAAACAAAAUUUAGUUCGGUCAAUGCACACUUUUGGAUUCCAUUGCAAUCAACAAAAUGGGUAAACAGAUAAAGAUAGAACAUUUUUGUGACAUUGUACAUUUAAUAUAUGGAACAUAAUAAAACAAACGAUUUUCAUAAUAUGUAA